ACUGGAGUGAGCACCAGGGCAGAAAUAAGGGGCCAGAGCAGAAAGUGGGGGGGCCAAGUGGCCCAGGAGGACAGGGGUUACUUGGAGCCCCACUGGCUUCCUCUGCCUGGAGAGGUGGCUGCUUUCCAAAGGCUGAAGGGCUCUGGAGUUCCUGCAUGGAUGCGCCCCUGCAGUUGCUCUCCCAGGCUAUCUCCAGGGGCCCCUGACUGCCUCACUUCCUCCCUGCUAAGCUCCAGGCCCUGAGGUUGAACUCCAGACUGUAACUCACUGCACCCCCAACAGUCAUGGGACCCAGGAUAGAGGCCAGAAGCACCCUGCAGGGCUUCCUCCCCCACUCAGAGGCGAGGGCCAUGGACUUUGCCCUCCAGAAACAGACAUGUCACUGAAGGAUAGAACAAUCACAGGAAGACUUUGAGGGCCUUGGCAGAGGAAGCUUCAGGAAGACCAGAGGCAAGUCUGCAAGUUGAGGCUUACCUGAGUCAGGGCCAGCAGGUGAGGGAGCCCAGAUGCCAGACAGGGACAUCAAGACUACGAUGGACACAGAAAGCAUUCCUGGAGAAGACAAAGUCAGCGUGGAGCCUUGGGACUCACGGCCACGCAUGUUUCACAGCCUCAAGUUUUUCAUCCUGUGCCACAGUCUGUUGCAGCUGGCACAACUCAUGAUCUCCGGCUACCUCAAGAGCUCCAUCUCCACCGUGGAGAAGCGCUUCGGUCUCUCCAGCCAGACCUCGGGGCUGCUGGCUGCCUUCAACGAGGUGGGGAACACGACCUUGAUUGUGUUGGUGAGCUAUUUUGGAAGCCGAGUACACCGGCCCCGUAUGAUCGGCUACGGAGCUGUCCUGGUGGCCCUGGCAGGCCUGCUCAUGACAGUGCCACACUUCAUCUCUGAGCCAUACCACUAUGACCACAGCAGCCCUGGAGACAUGUCACAGGACUUCGACACUUCCCUGUGCCUAACCCCCACUGAGGUCGGAGCCCCGGCUUUCUCCAACGACAGCUGCUCCAGCUACGCUGAGGCUCAACAUCUGACUGUGGUGGGAAUCAUGUUCACUGCCCAGACCCUGCUUGGAGUGGGCGGUGUGCCCAUCCAGCCCUUUGGCAUCUCCUACAUCGACGACUUUGCCCAUCACAGCAACUCACCCCUCUACCUUGGGAUUUUAUUUGCAGUGACCACGAUAGGGCCGGGCAUGGCCUACGGGCUGGGCAGCCUCAUGCUUCGUCUCUAUGUGGACAUUGACCGGAUGCCAGAAGGGGGAAUCAACCUGACCUCAAAGGACCCCCGAUGGGUGGGUGCCUGGUGGCUGGGCUUCCUCAUCUCUGCUGGCAUGGUGGCACUGGCUGCUGUCCCCUAUUUCUUCUUCCCCAAGGAGAUGCCCAAGGAGAAGCAGGAGAUUCACUUCAGGCUGAAACUCUUGGCCUCAGCUGUCAGCCAGAAUGAGGAGUCCCCCUCUGACCACAGCCCUGGGGAGUCCUUGAAGACACAGGAUGGCCUGGCUCAGAUGGCCCCAGACCUGACGGUGGUCCAGUUCAUCAAAGUCUUCCCCAGGGUGCUGCUGCGGACGCUGCGUCACCCCAUCUUUCUGCUGGUGGUCCUGGCCCAGGUGUGCAUGUCAUCCAUGGUGGCAGGCAUGGCCACCUUCCUGCCUAAAUUCCUGGAGCGCCAGUUUUCCAUCACAGCCUCCUUCGCCAACCUGCUCAUUGGCUGCCUCAUGAUCCCCUUGGCCAUCGUGGGCAUCGUUACGGGAGGCGUCCUGGUCAAGCGCCUCCACCUGAGCCCCCUGCGCUGUGGCGUCCUUUGCCUGCUGGGGGCGCUGUUGUGCCUGCUGCUCAGCCUGCCCCUCUUCGGCCUUGGCUGCUCCACCCACCAGAUCGCAGGCAUCACCCAGCACCCGGGCCCUCAGCCAGAGACAAGGCUCUUUCCAAGCUGCGCAGAGCCCUGCGCCUGCCCAUCAGAUGACUUCAACCCCGUGUGCGACAGCAGCGCCCGCGUGGAAUACAUCACGCCCUGCCAGGCCGGCUGCACAGGCCGAGUGGUCCAGCAGGUUCUGGACAAACACCAGGUUUUCUACACCAACUGCAGCUGCGUCGCAGAGGGCGUCCCAGUGUCUGCAGGCUCCUGCGAAUCUGCCUGCAGCCACCUGAUCUUUCCCUUCGUUCUCCUGGUCAGUCUGGGGGCCGCGGUGGCCAGUGUCACCCACACACCCUCCUUCAUGCUCAUCCUGAGGGGAGUAAAGAAAGAAGACAAGACCCUGGCCGUGGGGAUGCAGUUCAUGCUCCUGAGAGUGUUGGCCUGGAUGCUCAGUCCUGUGAUCCACGGCAGUGCCAUAGACACCACCUGCAUGCACUGGGCCCUGAGCUGUGGCCGGAGAGCCGUCUGCCGCUACUAUGACCACGACCUUCUGCGAAAACGGUUCAUCGGCCUCCAGUGCUUCUUCAAAACGGGCUCCCUCGUGUGCUUUGCCUUGGUUUUGACCAUCCUGAGGCAGCAGAACAAAGAGGCCAAGAACAAGGCCACUGCAGCCAGCCCUGCCCCUGAGCAGCAGCUCUUAGUGGCCGGAUCAGAGAAGAAACCAGAGAAUUCCAGGGCGUGAGCUGUCUCUGCCCUGGCUGGGCCGGUAGAGGCAGCAGCUCUGUGCCCAUCCAUGGUGGGUGUCAAAAGCCCUGCAUUUCAGUUCUGGGCCUUCCACCAAGUCAUUGCGUGACUUUGAGCCCCCAGUUGGCCCUCUCUGAGCCUUUGUGCAUUAGAACCAAAGAGUUGUUGGGGGGGGGGCACUUCUGAAGCAGCCGGACAACUGACCCAGAGCCAAGCUCUGCUGGAUAGAGGGAUUGCGCUGUGAUCUUCCCCCAGCUCUCAGGAAGAUCAGCCAGAGUAGACCAGGCUGCCCUCCAUCUGGGGCCUCUGCUUACCUCCUCGUCAGGUGGGAGUCGACUCUAGGUCUCAGAUUCCAUUUGCUUGCAACUACACAAUUCCAUCCCCCCAAAUCCUGGCUGCCUUCAAGAAGUGUCUAUUUGGCGCCCCCUGGAGACAGAUCCCAGAGUUGGUUCUAAGAGGAGCCCGGUAGGCAGGACCGAGCUGGCCUCAUCCUAAGGACUUCAAGGGCCUUGAUGGGGACUGGGCAGGAGCCUUGACUGAAGAAGAUUCAUGCUCUCUCUUUCUCUCCUCUCUCUCUCUCUCUCUUUCCCUCCCUCCCUCUCAUUCAGAAUGUCCCAGCCUUCUUCUUGAGGGAGCCAUAAUUUGUGAGGGAAGUCCAGUCUUUGCUUUAGAGACCCUGUAACUUCUGAGACCAACAACACCAUCCAUGGUCCUUGUUAUCUGUGCAUUGUCAAGCUCUCCAAGCUUGACCCAGGGGCCAUCAAAGUCACCGUGACAUUUGCAAAUAGAAACCUAGUCUCUCCUCUGGGGCCCGUGUCUGUUUAUCUUCCCAUGCCCCUGGGGUUAUGUAGCUAAUAUCUGAUUCUGUGUCACACAAGGUGGGGGUGACCUCUGGUUCUCUGAGAUGUUAUCUGGGAUGCCCAAGUCAGGGUGAGGCCCAGGCUUAACACAGGGAAGAGCAAUUUCCAGGUCUGUGCAGUGAGCUACACCGCAGCAGGCUUGGGUCAGAAGCCCCUGACCUCUCAGACCCUCUCUAAGACAGGCAGCGGGAGAGGGAGCUCUGAUCUGCUCCCAGUCCAGUCUGUGACUGUCACAUACCCACUGGCAGGGAGCUGUAAACCAGGAGAGAGAUGUCCCACAGGGAGGGAGCCAACAGCAGAGGCUCCACCCCCCACCCCCACUGUGUGCCCAGUUCUGAGGUGGGAAAGCGCACCUGGCCCUCGUCCUCUGUUCAGAAGUAGGUAUAGAUAGAGCCAGGUGUGGGGUGUGCACUCGAGAGGCAGAGGUAGGAGGAUCACCGUGAG